AUGUCGCUCUCCAUACGGCCUCCCUCCACCUCGCCGUUCCUCACCGUCUCCCUCCGUGAGGUCCGGCUGGACAAGCAGCUCGGCUCCGGGGCCUUUGGCGCAGUCCACCGUGGGCGAUACAUGGACAGACCGGUGGCGGUCAAGACCUUCCACAGAAGAAGCAGAGCAGGGGACGGCGAUGGCGAUGGCGAUGGCGAUGGCGAUGAUGAGGCUCAGCUGGCGACGGCAAGGGCGUUUGUGGCAGAGGUGGCGGCCAUUUCCCAGGUCUCGGCUCAUCCAAACUGCACAGGCUUUGUGGCGGCGGCGCUCGAUCUGCCCGACCUUGCCAUUGUUAUGGAGUAUGUUGAUGGAGGCCCACUCAAGACAAAGAUGUUCUCGCCGCAUCCUGCGGAACGGUUUGCUUCCGACUCGGCGCGGGUGAAUGCGCUGCUCGACGUUGCCCGCGGCAUGGCGUACUUGCACGCUCGCGGCAUGCUGCACCGCGAUCUCAAGCCCGACAACAUCCUCAUCGAGGCAGCCACCCAGACGGCUAAGAUUGCCGACUUUGGCCUCUCGGCUUUUGCGCUGCCUCACGACGAGCACAACGCCGUUACCGGCGGAACCCGCGCAUACAUGGCGCCCGAGGUCCUCGCCGGCCGCGAGCAGGAUCCCCCGGCAGACGUCUUUUCCUUUGGGGUCGUGGCACACGAGGUCAUCACCGGCAUCCGCGCCUGGCCAAACGGCCGCGACAACGAGUACGCCACACUGCCACGCAUCGACAGCAGCGCCUGGCCGGCGCCCCUUGUCGACCUUGUCGCUGCCUGCCUCGAGCGCGAGCCAGCUGCCCGCCCGCGGUUUCCGGACAUUGUGGCCGCUCUCGAGGACAUUCUUCGCAUGGUCCGCUUCACCGAAGCCAUCACUCAUCACGACCUUUUCACGCUCCAGCUUAUCCUCAACGCGUGGCCAGGUGACGACCAGGUGACGCUGGCGUCGCUAACCGACGCUGCGUCUGCGACGCUCCUCCACGCUGCCGUAGCCAUCGGCUCACGCCCGCUGGUUGCUCGCGGCCUUGCGCUCGGCGUCCCGGUGGCGGCCAAGACCAGCACCGGCGCUACACCAGCCGACCUCAUCCAUGACGACUUUGAAGGCAUCCUCGACCCGCCACUGCCCGACGGCGCCGCUUUGCCCUGCUCCGCCCCGCCUCGGGUCAUCCUAGCCAAGUCCAAGAACAUGCCCAAGGACCCCCGCGCGGUCCUCCCGCCCAACGUGUACUCGGUCGAGUGCGGCAUCCUGUUUCUAGGUGGCGAUCGCGUCGGCGUCGUCCUCCGCCGGUGCAAGGCGUGGGUUGCCGCCAUCGAGCGCCAUGUCUCCGGUACCCGCACGCUACUCGGCUCGUCGCGCCGCUCGGUCCAUGAUGCCGCGGACCCGCGCGAUGCACUCACAGGCAUCGCUGCCGACGCCGCGACCCCAGGCACGCCGGUCAACGCCUCAACGGCAGCACCAUCGUUCUCUGACGCCCUCCCCGACGCGCUGCGGACGGCCAAGCUCCCGGGCCGUGGCCGGCGCGCUUUGUCAGACUCUGAUGACGAUGCCGAGGGAGGCACGGUUCUGCUCCCGGUCGAGCAUCCGGAUGGAGAGUCAGAGUCGGACGAAGGCGGGGGACCAAGCCGGCCGCAGCUCGAGUCGGAUCCCGCUUGCGCCGAGCCCGAGCCCGAGCCCGAGCCCGAGCCCGAGCCGGGACUCGCAAACGCGGACGCGGCGGCCACCCGCACCGCGCAUGCGCUCCAGACCACCGCCACCCUCAACGCCGACGGCCAGCUCGAGUACGCAGUCUCACUCCUCGACCCAGAUGCGACCGUCACGCUCACACUCGGUGGCGCUAGCGCGUCGCUGGCCUCGACCGACGACACCUCGCCGGUUGUCGUUAUUCCUGCCUCCCAACUCAACCUCAUUCCUUUGUCUGCCCUCACCUUUCCACCCGAGCUCGAAACCGAUGUCGAAGAGGCGUCGCAGCUCGAGACCAACGCGUCCAAGCCGGCCCGCUACCUAUCGGCCGAUGUCUUUGUGCGACGACUCGCACUAUCGGGCGAGCUCGCAGCUUCGCAGACGGUCAGCCGCGACGGCGUUGUUGCGCUCACCACCCAGCUCACCGCCCUUGUCUCGGCCACCACACACAUGUCUGUUGUCUCUUACAUUGGCGUUGUGCUUGAGGACUACCCUUCGUCGCUCAUCCUUGUCUCGCAGCUGGUCCGCUCGCACCUCUCGCUCGAGGAUCUUGUCUACGCACCGUCGUUCCGUGACAUGGGCGUCAUUCAAGUGCUCAAGGUCCUUCGCGACGCCGCCGCUGGCCUGGCCUUUCUGCACUCGGCCGGCGUGGCGCACGGCAACCUUAAGCCAUCAAAUGUGCUCAUCGACACCGACUACACGGCGUUGCUUGCCGAGCCGGGCGUGGCCAAUCUGAUGAACGUGCUCGACGCACCGCUCGUUGUCUCGAGCCUCUACGGCGCACCCGAGCUGCUCAAGUAUGGCGAGCUGGGCAAUGCUCGAGCCCGGACGCCAGCCGCCGACGUGUGGUCGUUUGCCACCCUGGUCUGGUUCGCCUUUGACGCCUCUUUCUCGGGCUACCUCCGCCAGCCGUACCGCGGCCAGCGACCGGCCAACCUCCGCGAGUCGCCGGGCAACGUCGUGCCGCUGAGGCCCGAGGUGCCCGGCGAACUGGCCAGCCUGGUCCGCGCCGGAUGGUCGGCCAACCCGCACGCCCGCCCGACCGCCGCCCAGUUUCAUGCUGUCCUCGACCGGCUUGUCUUCGAAGCGCCGCUCGAUCCGGACCGCGCCGCCGUCGCCGCCGAGCGGGACAUUGCGCUCAACGCCCUGCUCACCCACACCCGCGCCACGGUUGCCCGGCUCCGCAGCGAAUCCGCGUCGGCACACGUUCAGCUCACCACGCUCAGCGAGCUUGACGCACUCUUUGACAAGCAGGCGCGGUACGGGCUGGAGCACUCGCGCGCGCUCGUCCUCAUCAUGACUGACGAGCUCGUCCGGGUCGUCCACAACCACUUCCAGAACCCGGGCGUGGUCCGGCUCGGCCUCCGCAUGCUCCUCCGCUUCACCCGCGGCGAGCUCGCCGUCACCCACAUCCGGCAGUCGAAGGUUGUGCUGGUCAAGCUCAAGCAGAUGCUCAAGCACCACACAGUGGCGCCAACCGAGCUCGCGCUCGCGCUCGCGGUCCUGGCUGACUUUUGCGCCAACGCCCGCAACCGAGUCGUUGUCCUCAACUCGGGCCUCCUCCGACUGACCAUACUCCGACUCGCCUCGUGCGCGCUCUCGCCACCGCUCUACAACGUGCUCCUCGCCGACACCACCGCCUUUAAGCUCCUCUUUCGCCUCCUCAACAAGUACGCCGACCAUGCCCAGAUCGUCGCCCAGGCGCUCUCCGUCAUCCUCGAGCUCGUCUCGGCGCCGCGCGGGCGGUCGAUGUUUAUGGAAAUGUCGCGCGGCAUGGGCCUCAUUCUCACCACCCUCGCUAGCGCGGCGACCCGCGCAUCGGCUUAUACCCCGAUCCUCACCGUAGGUGUCGGCAUCCUACGCAACGUCACCUCAUCGGACGUCUUCCGCGCUCCGGUCUACGUAGCGCUGCCGUCACCUGACCUGCUUGUCGCUGCCAUGCGCAUCUACGAGCGCGCUGCCGCCUCGCUCGACGGCGUGGAGCUAGAGCGGCUCACCGACGACAAUGGCGGUGACGGCGGCGAGAGCAGCAGUGAUCUCCCGCACGCGCUCGCAGUCCUCUUCGCCGCCCGACGCGCCACCGUGGUGCAGUUCCAGGCCCGCCAGCGGCUGGACUCGGACACCCGGAUGCUCGACGACCUGCCCGCCGCCGCACAGGCGCGCACUGCCUUUGUCUCGCAAGUCACCAGCGACGUGUCGGCCGGCAUGGCACGGCUUAUUGCGCUGCUGCGCAACCUAGCGCUCGCGUCGGAUGCCAGUCUGCUGCCCGCCCUGACGGGACUCCCGGACUUACUGCCAGGCCUUGUCCGCAUCCUCGACGCGCCGCAGGUAUGGUCGGAAAAAGUCAACGUCGAGCUCGCGGCCAUGCUCCGGGCCUUUGCUUCGGGCCCGGACGAGGUCCAGGACGCGCUUCUAGAAGCCGGCGUUCCGGAGCGGAUCGGGGCACUGAUGGCGGCCUUUCCCACCGUGGCGCCGCUCCUCCUUCACUGCCUGCUUGCGCUCAAGCGACUGGUCACCCAUCCGCCGACGCUUGUUGCGCUCAAGGCGUCGGGCGCCGCAGCGAUUGUUGCCACAGUCACCCGCGAGUUCCAGCCGAAUGUCCAGAUCCACUCGGUCGGGACGCAUGUGCUCGACGCUCUCGGCGAAGCGCCAGCGGCGACCCGUCCGCGACGCGGGCUCUCUGCACCACCACCGCCUGGGCCGCUGCUCAAUCGCUCGCGCUCGGCGACUGGCGCCUCCCGCCCCACCCCCGGGCCGACUGGCCUCCCGCGGCGGCGCAAGUCGACUCGUCCACAGCCGCCACUCCCGCCCACCCCAUCGUCUGCCCCGUCGCCUCACCCCACCGCCACCACCAACAGCGGCGGGUGCUGUGGCUCGCGCCCCGAGCCUGCGCCUCCUGCCCCCGCUCCUACCGCUGCCCACACCCGCGAUGAUGACCCGCGUCUCUAA